AUGAUUAUGUUUUUUCUUUUUGGGAAGACUUCUUUGGGUUUUUUGUUAUUCAUUCUGAUAAAAGGAAAUCUUCCAUCGUUAACAGCACAAACCUUCUUAACUUUUGAAGAGACCCACGAACCCAAGAGUACAUUUUCUUUUCCCCUCACGGACUCAGAGUCCACAGAUCCUUCUUUAUCAACGGAAAAGAAACAGCUUCUUGACCACAGAGACGCUGAAAGACGGUGGCUGCUUCGACGAAGGCGAUCUUCUCUGUUUCCAAAUGGAGUGAAAAUCUGCCCAGAAGAGAGUGUUACAGAGGCUGUGGCAAAUCAUGUGAAGUAUUUUAAAGUCCGAGUGUGUCAAGAAGCUGUCUGGGAAGCCUUUAAGACUUUUUGGGAUCGACUUCCUGGGCGAGAGGAAUAUCGUCACUGGAUGAAUUUGUGUGAGAAUGGAAUCACAAGUAUAUUUGAAAUGGGUGCUCAAUUUAGUCAGUCUGUGGAACACCAAAGCUUGAUUAUGAAGAAAAUGAUGUACACAAAGGAAAAUGUAAGCAGCCCUAAAUUAUCAUCUCCGGUUCCCUCUGAAGAUACCUCAACACUGGGAGGUGCUGCUCUCAGUGUUCCACAUCCAGGAGUGGCUUCCCAAGAAGGUGCCUCAGAAAGCAGCUGGCAGAAGGCAGAAGAGAGUAUUAGCAAUGAGAUUGAGAACGUGGUGGAAGAACCCACCAAACCCGCAGUUGAGCAGAUUGCAGAGUUCAGCAUCCACCUUUCCGGGAAGGAGUACAGGGAAGAACUUCAGGAUCCCUCCAGCUCCCACCACCAGCACCUUGUAGAAGAAUUUACUUCAGAGGUUGAAAAUGCAUUUACUGGGUUACCAGGAUAUAAGGACAUUCGUGUGAUUGAAUUUAGGUCUCCCAAGGAAAAUGGCAGUGGUGUAGAUGUUCAUUAUGCAGUUACCUUCAAUGGGGAGGCCAUCAGCAACACAACCUGGGACGUAAUUAGCCUUCAUUCCAACAAAGUGGAAAACCAUGGCCUUGUGGAAUUUGAUGAUAAGCCCACAGCUGUUUAUACAAUUAGUAACUUCAGAGACUAUAUUGCUGAGACACUACACCAGAACUUUUUGCAAGGAAAUUCCUCUUUGAUUCCAGACCCGAAUUCCCUUCAGCUCAUCAGUGUGAGAGGAGUUUUGUCUCUCCAAACUGAAGACCCAGUUUGGAGCACCCAAAGUUCAAGUCUCCGGGCAACCACACCAUCUAUUUUGGAUAAUACCUUUCAAGCUGAAUGGCCUUCAGCAGAUGCAUCUACCACAAGCAGUAUUUCACCACUUGAUUUCAGCUCUGGCCCUCCCUCCACCACUAGCAGGGGACUUUGGUCAGAACGUCCUUUGGGUGAUAUAGCGUCUACACCCAAAUUAGCCUUUCCCUUGGAGGUGGACCUCAGUUCUCCUUCAGAGAGUUUAGAGGUUAGCGGGUUGACUCUUCAUUCUGUCACUCCAGCAGAGCUUCUGCCUGACUUGCCUGUGGCUUCUGAGGAAAGGACUUCUGGAUCUCAGUUCUUAGAAGACGGAUUAAUUUAUGUUGAAGAGUCAGAAGAUUAUCUUUCUGCUGAUCCAUUGCCUUCAAGUCCAUUCACUUAUCCAGUGCCAAAAGAAACAUUACCACCCUUCAAAGACUCUGAGGUGCUUUUGACAUCGUCACCAUAUGUGGCUGCCACAUUAGAUCUUCUUUUUAAAGAAAUAACUACACCCUUUGGCUUGGAUUCUGUGACCUCCACAGUCAAAGACAAAUUGAAAGUGAGCACUUUGUUGCCAGACACAUACAUGGAAAAAGAAUUUAUAUUUGAGAAUGGUUUAGGUUCAGGGUCUGGACAAAAGGUUGAUACUGUUACUUGGCCAUGGAAGGAAAUUUUAUUAGAGACAACCGAACCACUAUCCAAGUCAUGGCUUGAAGAUGAAGAUUCGUUUUUGCCAACUGAGACUAGAGAUGAGAAACUAGAUAUAGAUGAUAAAAUGGGUUCGACAGACCAAACUAUUGAACAGUCCUCAGAAGACUGGCAAGAUGAUAGAUCCACUUUUUCAGAAGAAGAGCCCCUUGAUGAAUUUACUAUGCCUGUCUUUGAAGAGACCACAGUUAAAUCCAUAUCGCUGGUUCUCUCUAAGAACAGAUCAGAGAUACCCUACACUGACUAUUACUCAGUCACCAAAGCACCUCUCCUGUCGGCAUCAACAGAAAUCUCUGCCUCUACUGAUAAAACUGAUAAAAUAGACUCUUUCUUAAUGGAGGAUGUGGAACAGCCUUCAGAGUCAUCUGGCCAUGAAUGGUUUGACGGCGAGGUUUCAGCAAUGAAGCCAGACACACAAUCUGUGUGGACUGUGUUGCCAGAAUCAGCGGUAGAAUUAAGAACUUCUUUACUAGGGAAGUUGUCUGGAGACUUAUUGGCAAGCACAACACAGCGCAGUGACAAGCUCUGGUUGAAAGAUUCCAUAACACAACCUACCAAGUUGCCUCCAACUACAAGCUCCCCACAGCUGGAGGAUGACGUAGUUAUGGGUGUGCAGGAUAUUUCAUUAGAACUGGACCGGGUAGGCACUGAUUACUAUCAGCCUGAGCUAACUCAGGAGGAAAAUGGCAAGCUUAGUAGUUAUGUGGAAAGAUCUACAGAUGUUUACCCUACAGACAUGGCUCCUGUGGCUGCGUCCACAAAAGGAGAUGGCUUGAAUCAUACUCAGACAGCAGGAGCUUUGGUGGUUUUCUUCAGUCUCCGAGUGACUAACAUGAUGUUUUCAGAAGACCUAUUUAAUAAAAACUCUUUGGAAUAUAAAGCCCUGGAGGAAAGAUUCUUAGAAUUGCUGGUUCCUUAUCUCCAGUCAAAUCUCACAGGAUUCCAGAACUUGGAAAUCCUGAACUUCAGGAAUGGUAGCAUUGUGGUGAACAGCAGGAUGAAAUUUGCCAAGCCUGUUCCGGCUGAUGUCAACAAUGCUGUAUACAUGAUUCUCGAAGACUUUUGCACUGCGGCUUACCAGACUAUGAACUUGGCUAUUGAUAAACAUUCCCUUGAUGUAGAAUCAGGGGAUCAAGCCAACCCUUGCAAGUUUCAGGCCUGCAAUGAAUUUUCUGAGUGUCUCGUCAACCCCUGGAGUGGAGAAGCAAAGUGCAGCUGCUUCCCUGGGUACCUCAGUGUAGAAGAACUGCCAUGUCAGAGUCUGUGUGACCUGCAGCCUGACUUCUGCUUGAACGAUGGAAAGUGUGACAUUAUACCUGGACAGGGGGCCAUUUGUAGAUGCCGAGUGGGUCAGAACUGGUGGUAUCGAGGGGAGCACUGUGAGGAGUUUGUUUCGGAGACCUUGGUCAUUAGCAUCAUUGUCACCUCUGUAAUUGGACUGCUCCUCAUCUCUUCUAUUGUCAUCUUCUUCCUUGUCAAGACGCUCCAAAAUCAAUAUGCUAGAAGAGAAAGAGAGAUGCCUUUUUGUGGCUCUAACAGGCAGCCUGACAGCAUCUCAUCCAUUGAGAAUGCUAUGAAGUACGACCCCGUGUAUGGAAGCCACAUGGAUGCAAGUGAGCAAUACGGGGGACCCUAUCUUCAGCGUCCUUUCUAUAACCCAGCUAGUGCAGAAUUGAUUAAUGAUCAGAGCAGAGAAAAAAUCAGAGAAACGUAUGAGAACAGUGAGCUUUCUGGAGAGGAGAUUCAAGAAAGAAUGAGAAUUUUGGAACUGUAUGCUGAAGAUCCAGAGUUUGCUGCUUUUGUGAGAGAACAUCAGACAUACUUCCUGUGA